GUCAACAGAAGCACUUCCUGCUGGAUUUCUCAGCUGAACCGACACCAAACGCCCAAUAUCAGAAUGCAUCUGUCCAGGGUUGGAGUUUACAUGAAGAGGAGGAAGCGGGGCUGCUCUCAAGCCUGAACAUUUUUUGUCUUCCUCCAUCUGGCAUCCGUCUCUUUGCCUCUUCAGAUUGGCGCUCAUCCCCCCUCCCCUCGCCAACAUGCUUUGCUGGGGGAAUGCAAAGGACGGACAGUUGGGGGUUGGUGUCGAGAGGACCCCUAUGUUCGAGCCCAGGGUCUGUAAUGUGUUUAACGGCAGGGGACUGAAGGAGGUGGCCUGUGGAGGGCAACACUCGAUGUUCCUGCUGAGUGAUGGUAGUGUGUACACAUGUGGUUCUAACAGCUGUGGACAGCUGGGCCAUGACAAACCGGUGACUUCUCCAGAACUGGUUGGAGCGCUGGAUACUCAAAAGAUCACAAUGAUGUCAUGUGGUCGGGCCCACUCUAUGGCGGUGAACGAGCAGGGUCAAGUGUUUGCUUGGGGAGCUGGUGAAGGGGGUCAGCUUGGCCUGGGGACUUCAGAGACUGCUGUUCGAAUACCAAGGUUGGUCAAAAGGCUGUGUGACCACCGCAUCUCUCAAGUAAUGUGUGGGAAUCAGCACUGCAUAGCACUUUCUAGAGAUGGCCAGCUGUUCACGUGGGGCCAGAACACCAAUGGUCAGCUUGGUCUAGGGAAAGGAGAGUCCAGCAAGCUGUUCCCUCAUCCCCUCAAGUCCCUGGCAGGAAUUCCUCUGGCACAGAUAACUGCUGGGGGAGACCACAGCUUUGCUCUCUCGCUAUCUGGAGCUGUUUUUGGAUGGGGCAAGAACAAAGCUGGACAGCUGGGUCUUAAUGAUAAACAAGAUCGUGCUGUCCCCUGUCACAUCAAGUUUUUAAGAUCUCAAAAAGUUGUUCACAUUAGCUGUGGGGAUGAACACACUGCAGCCCUCACAAAGGAUGGUGGCUUGUUUACAUUUGGUGAUGGCUCGUGGGGUCAGCUGGGUCAUGGCUCCACCAAUAACGAACUCUUACCCAGAAGAGUGCUGGAGCUCAUGGGCACUGAGGUUUCCCAGAUCACCUGUGGAAGGCACCACACGUUGGCAUUUGUUCCCUCCUCUGGUGUGGUGUAUGCGUUUGGUUGUAAUAGCUAUGGGCAGCUAGGAACAGGAAUGAUGGGGGAUGCCAGAAGCCCGUUUCCUGUCAAGGCCAGUUUCCUGACUGGAAAUGUUAACAAGACAGAAUCAGAGCAUUACACAGUGACCAAAAUCUUCUGUGGAGGAGACCACAGCUUCUUGUUGUACUCUACUGACCAGAGUUUCGCUGCCCCAGAGGACUUCAGAGUGAUAAAUAUCAGUAAAAGCCUCUCCCCGAUCACUUAUGAACGAUUAAAUUCAUGGAGGUUAAAGCUGAUGUACAGCCAAGACUCUAAAGUCACAAAUGACAUCAUUAUCCAGCUCUCCUCCACAGCUUGUUGGAAUGCUAGCUUCUUGGACCAAAGUGAUGAUACACACUUCAAAACCAAUCCAAAGAUCCCAGGCAUUGAUCUCAACUCAGUGAGAAUGCUGUUUGAGACGCUCAGCAAACCUGCUUUUUCUGGACUCCUGGAGCAGGCUACCAAGAGUUUUGAGAGUUUGUUAAUCCCCCAACUGCCACGCUCUCCUCCUGACGUCGAGGCCAUGAGGAUCUACCUCAUUCUGUCUGAGUACCCAGCCCUGAAGGACUCCAAGAACUACAUCCGCCUCACUAUACCCCUGGCUAUGGCCAUCCUUCGGCUAGAUGCCAACCCCAGCAAAGUAUUGGAUAACUGGUGGUGCUUUGUGGAUGGCAAUGUGUUCACCAGGAUGGUCGACAUGUACAAGAGCAUCGUUGUGUUCAUGCUGACUGGAGGAAAGACGCUGCUCGUACCCGUGUUCUACGAGAACUACUUUGUUGCCACACUUAGAUUGCUGGAAAAACUCCACAAGGUAAACUUAAAGGCCAACCAUGUGGAGUAUAACCACUUCUAUAUCCCUGACAUCACCAGCCUGGUGGACAUCCAGGAAGAUUACCUCAAAUGGUUUCUAAGUAGAGCUGAUAUUAAAGUUGGAUCAUCCCCCUCACAGAGUGACUUUCCCUCAGUGAACCUAUGUGCCUACCCGUUCAUUCUGAACGCUCAAGCCAAGACAACCAUGCUGCAAACAGACGCUGAACUGCAAAUGCAGAUGGCAGUCAGCGGUGCAAACCUGCACAAUGUCUUUAUGCUGCUCACACUGGAACCCCACCUUGCCAGGAACCCUUACUUGGUGCUCCAUGUACGCAGGAACCAUUUAGUGAGUGACACGCUACGCGAGCUCACCAUGUACUCUGAUGUGGACCUCAAGAAGCCGCUCAAGGUGAUCUUUGAUGGAGAAGAGGCCGUAGACGCAGGCGGAGUCACUAAAGAGUUCUUCCUGCUGCUGUUAAAGGAGCUGAUGGAUCCUGUUUAUGGGAUGUUCACUCAUUACAAAGAGUCCAACCUGCUCUGGUUCUCAGACAAAUGUUUUGUGGAGCAGAACUGGUUUCACCUGAUCGGGAUCAUCUGUGGUCUGGCCAUCUAUAACUCUACAGUGGUGGACCUCCACUUCCCCCUGGCUCUCUACAAAAAGCUGCUUGAUGUGUCCACAACGCUAGAGGACUUCAUGGAGCUCUCUCCCACUGAGGCCAGGAGUCUUCAACAACUACUAGACUAUGAAGGAAACGAUGUGGAAGAGGUGUUUCUUCUCAACUUUGCUAUCACCAGGGAGAACUACGGGAUGACGGAGGUCAAGGAGCUAAUUCCUGGAGGAGACGGCAUCAGCGUGGACAAAAACAACAGGAAAGAGUUUGUGGAGGCCUACCUAUGUUACGUGUUCACAGACUCUGUGAGCGAACAGUACUCGGCCUUCUCCUCCGGCUUCCUGAAGGUGUGUGGUGGGGAAAUCCUGUCGCUGUUCCAGCCGUCUGAGCUGAUGGCCAUGGUGGUUGGCAACAACAACUACAACUGGGAGGAGAUGGAGAAGAAUGCCGUUUACAAAGGAGAAUACACAGCUACUCAUCCAACCAUCAGAUUGUUCUGGGAGGUUUUCCAUGAGUUCCCUCUGGAAAAGAAGAAGCAGUUCUUAUUGUUCCUGACUGGCAGUGACCGUAUCCCCAUCCACGGCAUGGAGAGCCUGCGUAUCGUUAUCCAGUCCACUACAGCAGAGGAGCACUACCUGCCAGUGGCACACACCUGCUACAACUUGCUCGACAUGCCCCGCUACCAGACCAAAGACAUCCUGCGCCGCCGCCUCACUCAGGCCGUGGAGCAGUACGAGGGCUUCAGCCUGGUCUGAGGAGGAGGGGGGCUGCAGCAGUUUUAAUGCACUUUAACAGCAAUACACCAUCAAGUCAGUGUCAAAUGACUGUAACAGGGCAAGAGCACUCCGAAAAUGCUCUUACAGGAUCGGUAAGUAGCCUGAUUUUGAAAGGUCUAUCUAUGUAAAUGCAGAGUAUUAUUGUUUUUAUUGUAUUGGGCUAAGUUUUAGAACUCCCGAGGAGCAUUUUAAGGAUUUUAAAGGCUUAUGUUUGAAUAUUUGUUGGAUAUAAACCAUUGUUUUGCAGAAGAAUGAUGAUCUGGGAUCAUAAUAAACGUUGGGACCUAAAUCAAAGCCAGAGGCGGUUGAGAAACUUUGGAUUUGGAUGUUUGCUUACUUUUAAUUUUGUCCUUUUUUUACACAGUUGUGUAUUUUAUAUUUGACUCCUUAAAUUCUAUUUUUCAUUGUUAUGUUGUUACCUUGGGACAAUUGCUCUGUUUUUUGUUACUUUUAGUUUAUGAAAUAGAGUGGUUAUAUUUUGACAAAUACAUUAUGUAUAUAAGUGUGUAAAUAGGAUUUUGAAUAUAAUCUUGAGGAGUGUUUGUCCUGCUGAUCUUUUUAAAUCUGGACACCAGCAUGUCCUCUGCCUCAGCUUAAGGAUGAUGGAGGCAGAGAUGUGCAGGAGGAACUGUGGUGAAUAUUAUUUGCAAUUCCUCUUUCCUUUUGGGCUGUGAAAUACACAGCAGCUGACUUUGUCUUGAACCUGCAUUCAACAGUGUUGCCUUCUACAGCAAAUCCUUCACAAAAAGCUGACUUUCAGAGUUGUAGUGGUUGUCGUCUGUGUGCAUGUUUCUGAAUGAAAGCAGAAAAUUGAAAUCUGUGCAAGUUUAACAUUCUGGGACAAAUUGAUACGAUUAUUAGCUUUCGGGGAAGAGCGUUAGCAAAAACAAACUCAAUUUCUCUGUCUGUUGAUCAGACGUUAUUAGUAGUUAGCUAGCUUAACUUAGCUUAGCUCAAACACUGGUGUUAGGGUUUAAUAUGCGACCUUGUUAACUGUCAGCUUUUCACCAAACGCCUAAGUGGUGGUUGCAGUUAUAAAGGGUGUUGGAAACUCCUCAUGAAUGCCACUUACUGACUUUUGUUGUUAAGUAUUCAGAUAUGUUUGAACAGGAAAGAGAAUUUGUAAGGACUUUUUUUUUUUUUUUAAUCUGAAACAACCAGACACAAUCUGAAAGUCGACCGUUACCAGGGACGUUUGUUAAACCGUCACACCAUGAAAGAGAUCGAGACAGUACGAAUGCGCCACAAUCGACACUAAAGCUCGCUAAAACACACGCAUAGCAUUUAAAUCAUUAAAUACAUCAUGUAAAAAUGUCUAGCUGCUAAAGAUGAGUACCUGCUCAAGCAUGAGCCUUUAUUUAGCCGAACCCUUAACACAUCAGAUGGAGGGUUUUUUUUAAACACACUUUCAGAUAGGCUUUUUACAGAAGAGGAUUAGGGCCACCGAUGCAAGGCGUUUUGUAAAAACAGUCAAGAUUCGCUGUUUGUUAUAGUCUUCAGGAUUAUUUGCACAGGAUUAGUAUUAACUGUUGACCUCUGAUUAUUCAUGAAUUACCCCGUUGGUGUCGGUGUUUGUUGCCAUGCAUUUGCACACGAUAAAGGCGAUGCAAACAAAUGUUCUGACAUUUCUGUAUAAAACUAAAAAAAUGACACAAAAGCUUUUUAUGUAGCAGGAAACAUCUCACUUCUCUGGUUCAUUAACAGGAAGGACGUAACAGCGCUCGCUUUUCGAUGCGUAAUGGGAGAGCAAGGGGAGACUGGUCACUCGUUUAGUGAUCAUGAACAGCUUAUUUAGAAAUAUAAAAAGGAACACGUUGGCACAUGUCUAUUGGAAACUGAGCAAUAUGUGUAUGAUACAUGAAGACAAUGUUAGCUACAAAAUAUGAUAGGCACUAUUGCAUUUUUUGAGGAAUUUAAAAAUAAAAAAAAUCAUCACUUGUUUUCAUUGCUGCUGUCAUGCAGCACCUUCAUGUUUUCCUUCAAAAAUGUCUAAGUUAGUCUAAAUUGACUGUGUUUAUCCUGUGCGAAUGCACCAGGAUGAUUCAUGAAUUAUUAGAGAGCAGCAGGUAAUACUAAUCCCGUGCGAAAAGUACUGAAGACUACAGGAAAUGGCUAAUCUUGACUGUCUCUACAAAGCGCCUUGUCUAGAUGAAGAUGUAAAGCUAUAUUUCAGAUUUAACAAUGAGAUUCUCUCUUUUAGCUCAUAAACAAAGUCUCUAAGAUCCAUUGUUACAGUAAUAAAAUUAGACUUUAUUCCCAAAAUUGUAUUUCAACGUUUUUCUUGACAUUUCAACUGUAUUCUCAAAGUGGCCAGAUUUUUUUUUCUUUCACCUUAGGUCCUAAUCCUCUUCUGCUUUUACUGUUGAUAAAAAUGAUGCUUCCUUAAUAUAUUAGGCUGUAUUUAUAUUGCAGCACUAAUGAGUCUUGUUCAUUUGUUCAAAUGCUCCGAACCAACAGCCUUCUGUAAUCGGGGCCCAGCUGUUUGUUCGUCAUGAAAUUAGACCUAUCAUGUCAGAAGCUGAGCUUUAGUGUUGCUUGUUGGCAGAUUUUCAACUGCUAGAAAGAGCAGGACCACCUGCCUAAGGCUUAGCUAAUCACCUACUCACUGAACUGUCAUAUUUAGCUACAGAGCUAACGGAAGCUAAUAAAAUUGUCCUUUACAAUGAAUCAUUCCUUAUUAAUAUGAAUAAUGACUAUUUUAAUUUUAUCAUUCCCAAUUUGCAUACAUUUAAAUUUGUAGCAGGACAACAUGAGUGUUUUACACAGUGGAGAGGUGACCUGUUUAUAGAUUUAUAAAGUGUAUCUAUCAUAAUAUAUCACUUGUUUGGAGAUGUAUAAAUUCCAGUUAUGCUGUAUUUAUUCCUACAGUCAAACCCUCUAACCAGAAUGAUGUUUAAUUAGGUUGUGCAUCUGUGUGAAUUGUGUGAAAUGGUCUUGCAUAUAUCUAUAUUUUUCUAUAUUUCAUACAUAAAAGUCAUGUCAGACAGUAAACGUGUCCUGACUAGCAGGCCACACUGACACAAACAUUUAGCAAUAACCUGAAACAGCCCAGUAUUGUAUUGAUGAAAACUCUGGGUUCAUCAUCUAAAGGUCUUAAACACUGGACUCUUCUGAGAAGUUUCUUAGGACAGUUCAUCUUCCUGCUUAGCUCUAUACUGCAUGUUCACACACAACCGACAUGUUCAGUCAAUAUCUGUCUGAUGAAAAUGGAAUUUUCCUGCAGAGUUUAGUCCUAUGCAAAGGUUUGUACAGCCCUUGACUUUUUUGCACCUUUGUGCUACUGAAAAUGUGAUUUUGGCAUAUUUGUUUAAAAGCAACACGAAGCUCUCUGUUCCAGCAAACUUUUUCAAUAAAUCAAUACAGUGUGAAAACA